AAUGCAUGACGGGAGUAGUAGUCUAAUGAUAUGUGUUUCCUUGCAAUGGCUUCCUGCUUGUAGAUUUAAAUCCUAAGGAUGCUAUGCAGGAGUAUAGUGCAAUCUACUAUAGGUAGUUUACCUAUUACCGGGGCUGUAAAAGGUGUAUACUUGUAUUUUUGGAAGUACCUAUCCCGGUAACUUAUUCUUCAACAGAAGGUGAUCAAUGUUUGCUUUGACGUUUGCUGUGGACAGGUGAAAAGCCAUCAUGAUUGCCAGUACUGGUUCGAGCGGGCUCUAUAAAGCCCCGCUGUCCAAAGGACUCUUACUUAUCCCAAGCUUUCUCUCCAUUGUGUUGACAUUUUUGUUUCAACAGCAACAAGAGUUGUUUCUCUAUAAUAUAAAAGCAAUAAAAGACGAUUUUCAUAUAUGGAAACUGAUAUCUGGGAGAAUUAUUUGUCUGGAUCUGAAGGACACGUUUUGUAGCAGUUUACUAAUAUAUAAUUUUAGAACACUGGAAAGAAGAUUUGGUAGUCGAAAAUUUACGUCAUUUUUGUUGGUGGCCUGGAUACUCUCUGCAGUUUUUGAUUUUCUACUUGUUGAAGCUGUACAUUUUAUAUUAGGAGCAACACUUACCACUUUACCUUCAGGAUUCCUAGCACCUGUGUUUGCCCUCUUUGUGCCAUUUUAUUGUUCUGUUCCAAGAGUACAGUUGGCUGAGAUCCUUGGCUUGUUUCCCAUCACCAACAAAACUUUAGUUUACAUUGUGGGUCUACAGCUUUUGACCUCAAGUCCAUACAUGCUGAUCGUUGCUAUAAGUGGACUGAUUUCAGGACUCUUUUACACAUGGGAUGUUCUGAAUGUUCGUAAGAUACUGUGCAUUCCUCAUUGGCUCGCAGACCUUUUUUCUAGGCGACUUGAACCAAUUUUCUCAUCUGUGGAACCUGUCAAUGAGGCUCGUGUAGGUAUGGGUGCCACUGUUGACAUCCAAAGACAACAACGGAUAGAGUUACUUGAUCAACAGUUCAUGCUUUCCCAGUUAGCUCAUCUUGGAAGAAGACAACCACAGCAGGGUGGAAUAUUAAACUGGAACCGCCUUUUUCAACCAUUAAGACACCGGAAUUUGGGAAAUCAGGCUCAACCACAAGAUCCCUCUCCUGCAACUUCUGAAGAACAUGUUGCACAGCUGAUGGAAAUGGGGUUUUCCAGGGCAGAUGUCUUAUUUGCGCUAAGGGCUUCAAACAAUGACAUCAAUAUUGCCACCAAUUUUUUAUUGCAACGGUGAUAUUUGAUGAAAACAUUUUUAUUGUAACAUAUAAGAGCCUUUUCUAAAUAAUGCUUGAACAAAUAUUUUUAUAAAAACUCUGCUUCUUUGUUGGUGUUGUAUAAUUCAAAUGAUCAUAACAGCACCGUUUCACCCAUUUAUAUUUGUUGUACCUCUUCCUUUUCAUUUUCUUUGGAUUUAUAAAGAAAUUUUUCAGACUGCUGCUCAAAAACAAUAAUUACAUGACAAACAACGUGUUUCAAAUUAGAUACGUAUUAAAAUAAGGCAAAAACGAUGUUUCUUUUUAUAUUAAUUUGCAGUUUGUUUAGAGUCUUAUGAAUUAUGCAUGUGAUUAUUUGUUAAAAUAUCAUUUUGGGAUUAAAUUGUAUAAAACAUAUUUGAUGGAAUUAAAAUGUAUUUGCUGAUUUUCAUUUGGAUCUAACAGUAGUAUCUUAUUUCAGAACAGCGUGCGAACAUUACAAAAACAUAGAUUUUAAUCAAAUGCAAUUUUUACUAAAUGAAAUUUCUAUUAAAAACUUUCUUUUUUA